AUGGCAAACGCACAAGCAAGUGUCGACCAAGAGUAUCCUCAAGAAACAAGAAAAGAAAUAAAAAAUUUGGAUAUCAGUUAUAAAAACAUAGAAGGCAUCUUAAAAUUAGAAGGGUUUAGUAACCUAGAUGUUCUUAACUGCUCAAAUAAUUUAUUAACCGAUAUUGAUCUG